AUGAAAGAUCGUGGGAGCUUCCAAAUUCCCUGCCUCAUAGGUAAUAUCAACAUUGAGAAAGCAUUGUGCAAUCUGGGGGUCAGCAUCAACCUCAUGUCCUUGGUAAUGAUGAAGAAGAUGAGGAUUGAGGAGGCCAAACCAACUAGAAUAGCACUCGAAUUGGCUGAGAGAACAUUCAAAUUCCCCCAUGGUGUAGUGGAGGAUUUAUUGGUAAAAGUGGGAGAGCUCAUCUUCCCAGCUGACUUUGUUGUGCUUGACAUGGAGGAAGAACCCAACACAUCAAUCAUCCUAGGAAGGCCAUUCUUAGCUACUGCUAGAGUUAUUAUUGAUGUUCAAAAAGGGGAGCUAGUCUUGAUAUUGCAUGAGGAGAAGAUGGUCUUUAAUGUCUUCAAGGCCAUGAGUUACCCCAAGGAACCCAUUGGAAAAUGCAUGAUGGUGGAUACAAUUGAAUAUCUCGUUCAAGGAGUCCUAGAGGAAGAAUAA